CAGACAUGGACCCCACCUCAAAAUUCCAGGAGGCGCUGCACGUCGCUCUGUUACCUGUCGCACCAGGUCUUUCCGCGACUCACGCGACACGAUGCAGAAGAACGGAGACACAAGCAUCGCUGCAGAAUGCGUGCUCGAAAUGUGGUGCAUACUCCCUCGAGGGCAUGGCCCGCAUCAGAAUAUCUCGAAGUCCUUCGCAGGCUAGCGAAUGCAAGGCGUCAACUUCCAAAAUCUUGACCAAAACAUGCGGACUCUGUGGUUGGAUAGAUACGCUGGCCAUCCCACCUCAAAGUAACGCAUCCACCUUUCCGAGAUUGAAGAGAGGGCGUCGCGUAGGCGCAACCUCAGCACCCCGAGCACCACCUCCACAUCCCACUCAAGUACUCGAACCCCCACCUGUUGCCAAACACCGCGAAGUUCCAGCUCCAGCAAGCUCAUCUGCGCCAGCCACCUUGCAAGCGACGCGUCCUCGACCCAAGAAGAAAAAGUCGUCUGCUCUGCAAGAAAUGCUCGCUCGCAACAAGCAGAACGCCCAGUCACAGUCGAAGGAAAGUAGUGGAGUUGCGCAUGGGAAGCUGGCGGCCUUCCUCAGUGAUCUGUAGGCAGGCCACAAAUGAUAGGGUAUACCUCAUGUGACUGUACUGCCGUAUAUUCAGUCGCGCCGCUGAAUGAUUAUACCACGCCAACCC